AUGGUUGUGACAUUAAAGGAAUUCAAAAUAAGAAUUCUCUUUUACGUCUUUUCAUUCUUUUCCUUUCUCCUUUUCAUUAUCUCUAUUUUCAGCUUUCUCUGUUUCUUCUCCUCUUUCUCUCUACUGCUUUUUCUUUUACCUAAAAUGCUCUUUUAUUCUUUCACUUUUCUCUUUACACUCUCUUCUCUUUACCCUCUCUCUUCCUUCUCUCUUUGUGCUUUAUCUCUUCUCUCUCUCAUUGCGCUUUGUCUCUCUCUCUUUGCCUCUCUCUCUCUCUCUCUCUUUGCGCUUUGUCUCUCUCUCUCUUUGCGCUUUGUCUCUUCUUUCUCUCUCUCUCUUUGCGCUUUGUCUCUUCUUUCUCUCUCUCUUUGCGCUUUGUCUCUUCUUUCUCUCUUUGUGUGUUCUCUCUUCUCUUUCUCUUUGAGCUCACUUUCUUUUUCUGUGCUCACUCUCUUCUCUCUCUCUCUUUGUGCUCACUCUCUUCUCUCUUUCUCUCUCUGUGCUCACUCUCUCUCUCUUUGUGCUCACAAUCUUCUCUCUUUCUCUUUGUGCUCACUCUCUUCUCUCUCUCUCUCUCUGUGCUCACUCUCUUCUCUCUCUCUCACUGUGCUCACUCUUUUCUCUCUCACUCACUGUGCUCACUCUCUCUAUUUGUGCUCACUCUUCUCUCUCUUUGUGCUCACUCUCUUCUCUCUCUCUGCUCACUCUCUUCUCUCUCUGCUCACUCUCUUCUCUCUCUGCUCACUCUCUGCUCUCUCUCUCUUUGUGCUCACUCUCUUGUCUCUCUCUGCACUCUCUCUCUUCUCCUUUUAUUCAUUAUCUCUCUUCCCUCUUUGCACACUUCAAAAAAACUUUGCCUGUAUCUAUCUAUCUAUCUAUCUAUCUAUCUAUCUGUGUGUGAGCUGA